AUGGAGCAAGCAGCGAUUGCCAACGCGAAUGCCAGGACAGCUUCAAGGAGCACACUUGCGCAGCUUGUUCUCUUCAGUCUGUCUCUCGGCAUCCUUCCAAUAUCAUCAUACUUUUUCUCACUGAAAUAUGUCUGGAAUGGUAACUCAACAUGGGCGGCAAUCACAGCUGUUGCUGCCGCCAACGUCGUUCUUGUCGCUUACAUCUUCGCUUCCUUACGAGACGAUGUCAAACCUAUCGACUCGAAAACACCCAUUAAAGAUCCUGAAACCAGGAAAGAACGCUAA